AUGGCGUCUCUCAUGCGAGCUGCGGCCGUGUGCCUCACGCUCUCGACAGCUGCAUUCGCCCAAUUCGUCCCAGCACCCACCGAUCUGAAGAAGAGCAAGGGAUUUCUCAAUCUGCCCGUGCGCUGGAAAGAGGUGCCAGAGGGGACUUGCGAGCUCACGCCGGGCGUCAAGUCGUAUAGUGGAUAUGUGGAUGUGGCUCCGAGUCAGAGCAUUUUCUUUUGGUUCUUUGAGGCACGCGAGAAGAACCCUGAGGAUGCGGAGCUUACUGUUUGGAUCAAUGGCGGUCCAGGUUCUUCGUCCAUGAUCGGCCUGUUUCAAGAGCUGGGACCUUGCUAUGUGGAUGCGGACGGCAAAGUCGUUAACAACCCAUACGCUUGGAACAAUGUCUCGAACAUGCUCUUCAUAGACCAUCCAGCACAAGUCGGCUUCUCGUACUCGAACCCAGUCCCAGCAUACACAUCCCAAGCGGGUUCAAUCAUCCAGCUCCCAAGCGCAGAGUGCCCCGAAUACGCGGCGGACAAGGACUGUGGCACAUAUUCCUACCCCAACGAAACAAAUACAGCCAACGAUACGAUCAGCGCCGCUCCCAGCAUGUGGAAGACGCUGCAAGGGUUCAUGGGUGCUUUCCCCCAAUACUCGCGAAACGACUUCAACUUCGCGACUGAGUCGUACGGUGGACACUACGCACCACUUUUCAAUCAGUACAUCGAAUCGCAGAACGAUUUGAUCAAGAGCGGCAAACUUCACGGUGCGAAAUAUAUCGACUUGAAGACGGUGCUGAUUGGCAACGGCUGGUAUGAUCCUCUAAUCCAGUACCAAGCCUACUACAACUACACGGUCUAUCCGGGCAAUACAUACGACUACUCGCCCUACAACAAGAGCACGCAAGAGAUGGUCUACAACAGCAUGUACGGCAAGGGAAACUGCUACGACCAGACGGUGGACUGCAACACGCGGGGGAUCAACGAGAUCUGUGCGGCAGCCGACACCUUCUGCGCCAAUGAAGUCGAGUCGAGUGAGUUUGAAAGAAGAGCCCAUGAGUUUUCGACGAGCAAAGACACGAUUGCUAACGAGAAGUCAUCAGUCCUGGACACCGUGACCGGCCGAGACGAAUACGACAUCCGCGAACUGACGCCCGAUCCCUUCCCCUACAACUUCUACGUCGACUAUCUGAAUACGCCAGAACUGCAAAAAGCUAUCGGGGCAUUCGUCAACUACUCCGACUCCAGCAGCACCGUGGGGAGCGCUUUCGGAAGCACAGGCGACGAUGAUCGUGAGGAAGGGACCAUUGAAGCGGUGCGGAAGCUCGUGGCCAAGGGCGUGUAUGUGGUGGAAUAUAACGGCGAUGCUGAUUACAACUGCAACUGGCUCGGCAACGAACUCGUCGCCACCUCCCACGCCACCCCAGGCUACUCCCACGCCGGCUACACCAACCUAACCACCAGCGACUCCCCGCACACCAUCCACGGCCAAGUCAAACAAGCCGCCAACUUCGCCUUCGUCCGCAUCUACGAAUCCGGCCACGAAGUCCCCUUCUACCAACCCCUCGCCGCCCUCGAACUCUUCGACCGCGCCAUCCACGGGAAGGAUAUCGCGACGGGGAAAGUGGACAUUGUGAAAGGGUGUGGGUAUUUGACGAAAGGGACUGUGAGGAGUGAGUAUCGGGAGGGGAAUGCCAUGAUUCAGACGAAGGUGUUGAAGGAUGAUGCGAUCUAUAAUACGACCACGAAUGGGCCGGAUCUAUCCGCCAAGAAGAAGAGAUCUAGUGGGAGGCGAAGGAGUGAACGGCGGAGGAAGCCGGCUUUGAGGAGUUUGUUGGAGGGCAGUGGUCGUUAA